AAGAUGCUGAUAGAUAGCCGUAGAAAUGCUCCGCGCAACAUGCAUUUGCCGAGUCGGGACCGCACCUGUAGUAGCAAUCGCCUUAUCUGAUCGACAUGAUAAGGGCCGGACGGGGCCCGGCCCAGAGGCGACAGUGUCAGCAGUCACCGUGGUGUCGCGUGGGCCAUGGCCACGGAUGUGCACACUGUCGGGGGCCGGGCUGGACGGGUUGGACCCUACCAGAGACAGAGACGAUGGUCGUCCAGGUCGCUGGCUCCACCAGAUGAGACCCAGUCCGAUUCCAAAGCGGGGAACUACGCCAAAUUCCUCAAAAACCUACACUCGGAGCAACUAGCGAAACUACAAGCAAAAAACCAGCACGAAUGCGAACUACUAGAAGACCUGAGAAGUUUUAUAAUCAAAAGAUCAGCAAUAGAAAGAUCAUAUUCAGAGGCCCUGCUCAAAAUAUCAUCAGCCUUUCUAAACAAGAAAAUACCUAAUAUUCCUGACAUCAAGACUGAAGGUGGUGAAGAAAAAUGGAACAUGUGGAACGUUUGGCGGACGGUGCUGGAGGAGAACGAGAAGCUGGCCAGGGCGCGCCUCGCGGCCGUGGAGGUGUUCCAGCAGAACGUGAUAGAGGACGCCAAAACGUUACGCUCACACAAAUUACAAGUAGCUAGGAAGACAAUAGACCAUUUGGCGGUUGUACAAAAAGAAUUACAAACAACAGUCGUAGAAGUGGAUAAGACGAAAAAAUUUUAUUUCGAUGAAGAACAUAGCGCGCACGACGUUCGGGACAAGGCAAAAGACAUAGAGGAAAAAUUAAAAAAGAAGAAGGGAUCCUUUUUCCAGUCGAUAACGUCCCUCCAGAAAAACAGUGCCAAGGUCACCUCGAAACGCGAGCAGUUGGAGGAGAAGUCGACGGGUGCCAGGAACGAUUACCUGCUGAGCUUGGCCUCGGCCAACGCGCACCAGACGCGCUACUUCCUGGUGGACCUGCAGUCGGCCAUGGCGACGAUGGAGAGCGCCGUGUACGACAAGGUGGCGGAGUACCUCAUGAUGAUCGGGCGCACGGAGCUGCUCACCUGUUCGGCCACGCAGCACUCCUUCGGGAGGAUCCGGGACCAGGCUCUCCAGCUGACGCGCGAGUACAACCUCCAGUGCGUGUACCUGUUCUACCCCGUGCUGAAGCAGCACAUCCAGUACGAGUUCGAGCCGUGCGACGACGACACGGUGACCACCGUCACGGCGGAGCACAGCACGGCGUCCACCACGCUGUCCAAGGAGGCGCGCCGGUGGAGCAACCGCAUCGCCAGGGAGAACCACUCCAUCCGGGAGUGCUCCAGGAAGCUGAUCGCGCUGCAGCAGCUCAAGGAUCAGGGCCAGAAGACCGACCCCAAUGACCAGAACGGGCCGGACAUCGAAACCAAGAUGGAGGAGUUGCGGCAGACCAUCAGGAGAGCAGAGACGGCCAAGGUGAAAGCGGAGGCGCGGAUAGAGUGCCUGCGGAAAGGCGGAGUGAACGUGGAGGAGUGGCUAGAGGAGGCCGACUACCUGGACCCCAAGGACGUGCCGCGGUCCACCAGCUCGCUGUCCGUGCACACCGACGCGUCCGGCACCGGGGAGCCCCACUCCGACUCGUUCUACGACUCGGACUACACGGAGGGCGAGGGCGAGCGCAACGCGCCGCGGUCGGGCAGCACGUCGGCCGCGGCCCAGGACUACGAGGACGACGAGGAGGAGCGGCCCGACUCCACUGAGGUGGACGGUGAGUGGGCCAUGCUGGAGCAAGAGCGGCAGCGGAUAGAGCAGCUCACGGCCGGCUGGGACGACCCCACCGCGGCCUGGGGCGCCGAGGAGACCGAGGACGCGGCCACGGCGGCCGUGGCGGCGGCGGCGACGGAGCGCCCGGUCGGCAUGGCGGGCAACGCGAGCGGCCCCACCUACAAGUGCAUCGCCCUGUACUCCUACACGGCACAAAACCCGGACGAGCUGACCAUCGUGGAGAACGAGCAGCUCGAGGUGGUCGGCGAGGGCGACGGCGACGGCUGGCUGUGCGCCAGGAACUACCGCGGCGAGGAGGGCUUCGUGCCCAGCAACUACCUGGACGUGGACCGCGAGGCCACCGGGGGCGGCCUGCAAGCGGGCGCCUCUAACUACCAGCUGUCGAACCAGAUCUCCUUUUCGUCCGUGGACUACACCGUGGCGGGCGAGGGCGACGGUGUGUUCCCCGGGGACGCUGGCGCCGCGCCCGCCGCGCCCGCCGCGCAGACGCAGGAGGAAGUGGCCGAGGUCUACGAGCCGCCCGCCAUGCCGCCACCGGCCAUGCCGCCACCAGCGGCACCCCCAGCGGCAGCGCACCCAGCGCACCCCGUGCCCGUGCCACUCAACCUGGCGGACCGCAGCCUCGGCUACUGCGUGGCCAUGUACGACUACGAGGCGACGUGCGCCGAAGAGCUGUCCUUCUCGGAGGGCGAGAUCGUGCACAUCCUGCGGAAGGUGGUGCACGACGACGUGGACGACGGCUGGUGGGAGGGCGAGAUCCACGGCCAGAAGGGGCUCUUCCCGUCGCUGGUCGUGGAGGAGUGCCACGCCAACGGCGACCCCAUCACGCCGUCGGAGGAUGAGACGCCCCCGAUGUCGGCUCCGCCCGUGUUCACGCCCCCCGAGGCGCCGCCCUCCUUCAUGCUGGCGCCGCAGCAGGUGAUCGUGACGCAGGCCACCCCCAUGGUGGAGAACGCCGACGACGCCAAGGACGAACCCGCGCCGGUGGAGCCGCCGGCGUCCGCAUCAGCAGAGUCCAAAAAGUUCAGCUUCUCCAUGGAGAUGGAGGGCAGCAAGUACAAGAAGUACGAUAGUCAGUUUGUGGAGGGUUCAGCUGCCCCGCAAGGACCGCCGGGCGUUCCGAUCGUCACCAUCGCCGUGGACGGAGAGGACGACGAGGUGCCGGUGGAUGAGGCGGGCGGCGGCGACGACCCGGGGCUGUGCGUGGCGUCCAUCGUCAUCACCUGCGCGACGCCCUGCGUGGAGGAGGCCGACGGAAGCUUCCCGCCGCCACCGGAGGGUGACGGCGACGGCGACACGGAGGAGGAGGCGGCCACGGAGAGGGAGGCGGUGCCGGGCAGCAGCACGGGCAGCGAGGAGUCCAUCACGACGGACAACUCGCAGAGCCAGGCGCCCACCGCCAAGGGCGCCAAGAAGGUGGUAGAGUCUCCGGACGAGGUGCCGGAGGACGACGAGCCGCCGCCACUGCCAUCCGGGGCGGGCGUCAAGGCUGAGGUGCCCGAGGACCUGGAGCCGCACCAGCUGGAGAAGCUGCAGGGCCUCAAGGAGUCGGACGCGUAGUGUAGUGGCGGCCAGCAGUUCAAUUACUGUCAAUGGAGGCACGGCGCGGCCCGGGAGCUGGGCGGGCGGCUUCAACCAACACAAACCAAGAUUCUGCGUCACUGUUGCAGUGGCCUGUAGCCGUUCACACCAAUCAAUUUGAGCACGAACCUUGUCGUGCAUACAAUGUUCUACCAGCACCUGUCGAUUUAAAACAAAACCUCCAUACUUUAAAAAAUGUUUGAUUAAUAAUAUUGCUUUUUUUCUGCGCGGGCUUUCAAGCUUUGUUGUAAAUGGUACUCACCCAUAGUUGACAUUGGCGACAGAGGGUCGUUUAUUUCUUAAAGACAGAUGAUAUGGUGAAUGUUUUAUCUUAGAUGUUGACUAAAUUUUACCUCGUUCUUCAGUCCAAUUUUUAAAUUGACCAAUUUAACACUGUUUAUUUACUUGAUAUAUUCAAACUUUACUAAAACGUCUACAUUUGAGAAGACAUGUUUUACUUGUACUUCUAGCGGAGUGGUUUAGCCUAUCGUUACAACUUUAGGGUGCACCAUAGCGAUCCUCCAUUUAAUUAAUCUUCUAGACCAUGUGUUCGUAAAAUGAAAAAACUUCCAUUUUACCGAAGUACUGGUUUUUGUGUCGCUGUCAGCCCCUUCCAACGUACCCAGUUUGCUCUUCUGUUUGGAGCUGCUACAUGCUUUCUGAUCAUGUACAUGAUUUGGAAAACUUCGUUUUUAGAAAAGGUUUGAUGGUGCUAACUGUUUCAGACCUUCGACAACCUAUAGCCCAGCAAUAAUACUCUUAGACUCUGCUUCCCCGCGCUUGCGUAUUCUUUCUUGCGUCGUAUUGUGUGUACAUAAUGUGAAUACAUGUGUGUAUAGUCCUCUUUCUUCCUAUCGGAAGGAGUAUCGAAUUUAGGGAUGUAUCCAUGCACUUAUAAGUAAACUGCAAUAUUUUAUUGUGAAUCAGUCUUCUGAAUAGGUGAAGCUGAUUUCAACGUAGACUGACCCGACGGAGAUUAUCUCUACCCGUUAAUGAAAAAUGAAAUCGUAAAACAGAUUCAGCUUAAGUUAGCCUUGGCCGUCACCGACUGCGUGCGGAGUACGUAUGUAUGUUUCUCCAUACAUGGGUAAUGCAAACGAGUGUAUGGUUGUAACACGCCUUGUAUGUAUAAUGUCUUUUCUUCACAGAAGGAAAUUCUUGAAAAAUUUCGAAUGCUUUCUGUAGGAAUAGAGUUUGCUCUCUUGUCAAAGUCUCCUUGAUAAUGAAAGAGACAGUGAAUUUCAUAAGAGAUGGUGAAGGAGUUGAGUAUAUAGUUCAUCAUCAUCCACUAUAAUGUCAUUAAGUUUCGUGAAUAAUUCUCUUAAAACAUUUUCAGUCUCUGGGCUGCGAGUACUUCUGCAAAUACUCGUUUAAUCCAAACCCUUCUUUCCCCAAGUUAAAACGGCUAAUGUCGGAUCAAAAUGUGUUUUGUUUGUUAGAUUUUAUUAAAGUUGAGUCAUGAGGGGGCGGUACACAUCGGCGUAAUGAGGACUUAAAGUAAAUGAUUAUCUGUUUUCAUUCGUUAUCGUUAAACCUGUUUCUAUUUUUCUAUAGAGUAUGGUGUUGUGUCUUAGUUGUCUGUUAUUUUUCUUUCCGUGUGUAUAGUGUACAUCUUCUGUCGGCAAUAUUUUAAGGUACCUUCCAUUUUUUCUGCGGAACUCGGGAAGGUGAUCUUUUUAAUACUAGUCUAAUGAAAACAACCCUUCUGAUGUAAAUAAUUUUGUUAACUUCUUUUAAAAGUUUAUUUGCGUGGUAUUGGGGCGUUCAGACAAGGGCUUACUUCUACAAUGAAUGUAUUUAGAUACCAACAAGUCAGUUAUGAAACGUGGAAGUUAAGGCAAGAUCAGCCAAGACACUGGUUUUAAGAAAUUCAGAAAGUAACAAUUUAGUACGAUCAACGAUUGUUGCCCGAGGAAAACAUUACAUUUUAAUUUAAUGAAGAAAAACAAUUAGAUUUAAGCAAAAUUUAAAGACAGUUGCGUAUAUUCCACGCGACUCACUUAUGCUCCUCUUUGUGGCCAACUCGUAAGCAACGUUGUCCGAUUAUGGCUUAGAUUGGACACAAAAUGUCAUGGGUGGAUGCAAGCAGUAGCACAAGAGUGACAAUAGUAAUUCAAUCAUCAUGCAAUACUGCAUUAUCUUUCGAGAUGCUGCACGAAACAUCUUAUUGUGAAUGUAGGGAAAGCUUUGAAGUACGUAAAUUGAACAAAAUUAACGCGCAGGGCUAGAAAUAUCGCUGACUGGGAGUGUAGUUUCGUUCUCGUAAUGUAUUAAUACUAAACUACUAUUUGAAGCAUUUAUAGGUCAAAGGUCGUGGCCCCAUUUUUCAUGGCGCCUUACAUACAUAAUCCGCUUCAGAUCUAUUUCGAUGUGUACAAAAUAAAUAAUAAUAAAGUGUACUAAAAGCCCAAACGUACCGGAGACAUUCCAUACGAAGAUACCCAUUGGCCAGACUGAAAGUAUAUUGUAUCACCAUCAUACAGCGCGGGCCUGCCAAGCGAGCGUUUACUUCGAUUCACACACAACACGAAUCGAAAUCAAUGUCUGAUUUUGCAUGCACUGAAAUCUUCUUGACGAUAGUAAUAGUGUAAAAAUAAAAUUAUUUACACAUCA